AUGAACAGCCACUCAAAUCACUUCAUUUACGCGUUACAAAAAGCGUCGGCUUCCGAUGAACCACCGUUCCUCAAGGUCGGCACCGAGGUCUCUGCGAAAUUCAAAGGAGCUUUCUGCGAGGCGAAAGUAAAACGGAUAUUCAAGAACAUCAAAUUUCGGGUGAUGCCCGAUGAGAGCUCAACGGGGACACUCGUUGUCGAAGAGAGCCAUUUCAAGGGUGAUCCCAUCUACGAACUGAAUCAAAUUGUCGAUUAUUCGACGAUGGGAGCAAAGCAUUACAAUGAGGAACAUUCGCUGGACGCUCUGCCCCUCUACAACCCUGAGCAAUUUAGUUCGCCAGUUGUCGCGAAAAUCAUCAAGAAGAACAAAGUGGACAAACGAGAUCGCGAAGCUCGCCAAGGCGCUGGGACAUCCAAAAAGGAGCGAGUCGUCGAGCAGCACGAUGUGAACAGUGAUGACGAGAAACCAUCAUCUUCUUCAACAACCACGUCAAGGGAAACUGUCCGUCAAGAACGAGCCGCCACCCACGCUGCUUCAGGCGCGCUAGCCGAUCAACAUGGCGGAUUAUCUCCGUCGGAUGAACAAAAAGUGUGUGCGAAGGGAAAAUGGAAAAAGGUUUUAAUGCGGAUGAAGCUAGAGGCAGUCGGGACUGAAUGGCGCCAAUCAUUGCCGCUGAAGAAGAAAAAAGAGGAAGAAACGAACGAGAAUGAAGAAGAGGAAAGCGACGACGACACUGAAAUCCACAAGGAGACAUUUGCAUCGCUUCGGAAAACUACGAUGAAAGCAAUAGAGAUUCAUGGGAGUUCAUUCUCAGCUGGGACAAAAUGCUGGAGUAAACCAUACGGAUCUGAAGGGAUCCAUUUUGAGAUAUUCAAAGAACAAUGCCCUCUUCAUGCACAUGCGAUCUGCAGCAACUCCCGGCUUCCACACACUUUUUCAGUCGUUUGGAAACGUAAAAGGAGGCGUAAAACAUAUUUGCAAUCUGCGAGAAUUUUUAUUGGAUCAAAUAAGGAUAAAAUCAAC